AGUAUUUUAAUUACUUUCAUAUGUUGUUUAGUUUUAAAGUUUGCCGAGGCUGAUCGUGCUGCUGAUCAAACAUUUUUCAUAAAUUCAUUAACAGGGAAAAUAAAUUCCGAAAAUAGUCAAAUUGAUGAUGUACGUGAUAAAACUUUGAAAUUACUGACAGAUGCAUACAAUGAGCAAAUUAAAACUCUACAUAAUUUUAUGGGACAACAAGAGUUACGUUUACAGAAAAAAACUGAUUCUGCAAAUAUUGACCGACUGUCAAAAUAUCCUUGUUUAAUAACAACACAAAAAAAUUAUUACAAUGCAUUAAGUGAAUCUGAAAUGAAUAUGAAAAAAUGUUUUAUCAAUCAAGAGAUUUAUUUAAAACAAAAACUCACUCGUUCUCGUGUUUAUAGAGAUGUUUUUGUAAAAUUUAUAAGCGAAUGUAAAUCAACAUGUACAAAAGAGUCACCACGAGAUCCUUUGACAUGUGUCCAGUAUAUAUUAAAUACUGCAAAUACAACAAUGCAAUAUUACGUGAAACAUAAUGAUAAAUAUUUUCUAAGAAGUUUACCUUCGUUGCUGGAAAACUAUUUUAAGACAUGUGCUAUAGAUGUUUUCAAAAGAUUCAGUAGAUACUUAAAUGAGCCAUUAGAUAAUGAUCUCGAUGCUUGUUUUUGGGAAUUAUCAAAUAAUAAUUGUACCAGAGAUUACGAUGAGGCGAGAAUGGAAUCUCAACGAUCAAUCAAUGAUUAUCCAUCUAUUCAAAAACUUCGAGAUGUUAAUGAAAUUUUCACAAUUGAAAUGUCUAAAUUGAAAUUAAAUUUUGACGUUAUGAUAAAAAUAUUAGAUGCUGUGAAAAAUUCAUUUGUUGCUGAUAUCAGAAAUAUAGCAAAUGAUAAUAAAAAUGCAUCGAUAGCAAAUUUUCUUUCAUGUCAAAUUUACGGUGAAGAAGAUAUAAACAUGAUGUACUAUGAUACAGAAAAAAGUAUGAAAAAUUGUCAGGAAGAAAAUAUUAACGAUUCUUCAACUACGAAUUCAUUACCAAAAGCACUUGACAAAAUAAUUCGUGGACUCCUCAUCAAUAAAAACACCACAUGUGCAAUCGAUCAUCCCAAAUAUCAAGAAAUUUGUGUUAAACGAAAAAUAAAUUUUGCUGAACAAUAUGUCAGGGAUAAUUUUAAUCUUGAACAAUGGAGUAGUAAAAUUAUUGAAACCGAUGAGUCUUGUAUGGAAGCUUAUUAUAAAAAUUUUCAAGAAGUUUUGUCGAAAAUUCAAACAGCAGUUAUUAAUUGUUUCGUGAGUGGAGAAUAUUCUUUUCAGUAUAUUAACAAUUAUUGAU